GAAUUUUCCUCUGACUUUCAGUUGGACUGUUGUGGAUUUGUGCUGCUUUUCAGACAAUAGGAGUUAAAUGUACUUCUGAAUUUCUGAGGGCUGAGAAGGAAAAUUUUAUAUUACUAGAACAAACUAAAGCCUUCAUUCUUUAUGCUCAGGGAACUUUAAAUAUAAUCUACAUACAGAAUGGCAAACAUGGGCAUUGAGAUUUUAGCCUUCAUCUUGACAAUUUCUGGUUGGAUCCUCAUCUCUUCCACAUUGCCUAUUGACUAUUGGAAAGUCUCUUCCAUUGAUGGCACAGUAAUUACCACUGCCACUUUCUGGUCCAACCUCUGGAAAACUUGUGUUACUGAUUCUACUGGAGUCUCCAACUGUAAGGACUUCCCAUCUAUGCUGGCUCUUGAAGGUUACAUCCAAGUCUGUAGGGGCCUCAUGAUUGCAGCUGUCUGCCUUGGAUUUUUUGGAGCCAUUCUUGCCUUGGUUGGAAUGAAAUGUACCAAGAUUGGAGGAUCAGAUAGAGUAAAGGCCAGGAUUGCUUGUUUGGCAGGAUUAAAUUUCCUACUUGGCGGUUUGUCUUCAAUGACUGCAUGCUCUUUAUAUGCUCACAGAAUUACAUCUGAGUUUUUUGAUCCUACAUUUGUUGCACAAAAGUACGAAUUGGGAGCAGCUCUCUUCAUUGGAUGGGCAGGCUCCGCACUUUGCAUUCUCGGUGGUGCUGUUUUCUGUUUUUCAAUGUCUGAAGGUGGAACAACAACCACAAGGGUAGGAUACACCUAUAGUGGAGCAGCCUCCUUUCUGUCCUCAAGAAUAAAACCGCAACAUGAGGCAGCAGAUGUCCGAUCAAGCAGAGGAAAAGGAAUUCCACCCAAACAGUUUGAUAAAAACGCCUACGUUUAACUCCACAAAAUAAAAGAAGAAACCCAAAGAAGACAGCGAGGUGCUGUACACAUGGCAUUGAUCAGUUUAUUUUGGUGGAAAUAUGAAAUGGACCACAGCACAUUGUUUGCUUGCUUUCUUUAAAAAAUAUUUUUUAACUGACUGCCAUUACUAAAUCAUUUGUACAUAUUAAAAUAUAUACAGUAACUAAAACCUUAAGGCUCAAUAUUUGUGAAAUGUCAAUAAUGGAUUACUGUAUGUUUGUGUAGGAUGAUCAUGAUUGUUUGACAGUUUUCUUGAACAAAGCUAUUUUUUAAUAUUGCAAAAGCUUUGUAUUUUAGCAUAAGAAAUUUAAGUCAUCAGUCAGCACCAACACAUCGUAUAUGGUAGAGUAUAGAAAGUCACAUUUUGAAUUCCACUGUUAUUACAUCAUACAUGUAAAAGUACUUGUUCGAUUACUAAAGUCUAAAUUCUAAAUAUGAAGAGCUG